AUGGCUGAAGUUGGAAAUGAAACUAAUCAAUCAUCAAUUAAUCCAGAUUUAAAAACCCAGCCGAAAAAUAAUCAAGCUCCGAUUCCUGAUGUAGAUGAAGCGGAAGAGGAGAAUGAUACAGUAGGAACAUUGCGUUCCGUACGCGCCGAUAAUGCAGAUACCGGGACAUCAUCAUCGUCCAAUCUUUGGAAUAAAUUUCGCGGUUCAAUAGCCUGCACAGAAGGUUAUGAAACAAAUCUUCAUGUACUUGCUAAAGAUCAAUAUCCUGGUCGUGCAAUGGCUGUUUUUACUAGUGGAGGCGAUGCGCAGGGCAAUUUACAAAAGAACGUUAUUUUGGUUGAUGAAGAAUGCAUACACUUGAUCAGAGAUGGGCAACUGAUUGAUCCUACUUCACCUGAAGGUAUACUUGAGAAAGAAGUUUGGCAGAAAACCUUUAUUGGUCAUGGCUCGUUAUCACUGGAUCCGAAUAUGACAGUUGGAAAAGAGGGACAUUUCAUUGCCAAAAAUGAAUUUGUUGGAAGAUGUUUGGCAGUUUUUACAUCUGGAGGAGAUGCGCAAGGGAUGAAUCCAGCGGUACGCGCUGUUGUGAGAAUGGGAAUUUAUCUGGGAUGUAAAGUUUAUUUUAUUCAUGAAGGUUAUCAAGGAAUGGUUGCAGGUGGAAAUCUUAUUCGUCAAGCAACUUGGGCAUCUGUCAGUGGCAUAUUAGACGAUGGUGGUACAAUAAUUGGUAGUGCUCGUUGUCUAGAAUUUAGAGAGAGACCUGGACGUUUGAGAGCGGCAAAAAAUCUAAUUGACCAUGAAAUUAAUAAUAUUGUUUGUAUUGGUGGUGAUGGAUCUCUCACUGGAGCAAAUUUAUUUCGAAAAGAAUGGGAAGGAUUAGUAAAAGAACUAUCUGAAAAGGGUGAAAUAACAAAAGAAAAUGCUGAAAAAUUUAAUUAUUUGAACAUUGUUGGUUUGGUUGGAUCAAUUGAUAACGAUUUUUGUGGAACGGAUAUGACUAUUGGAGCUGAUUCAGCAUUACAUAGAAUUAUGGAAGCCAUUGAUUGUAUAACAACAACAGCUUCAAGUCAUCAACGUUGUUUUGUAAUGGAAGUAAUGGGGCGACAUUGUGGCUACUUAGCAUUAGUAACAGCUCUGGGAUCUGAUGCUGAUUGGGUUUUUAUGCCAGAAAGUCCACCAGAACCUGAUUGGGAAGACAAAUUAUGUGAAAAAUUAAAAAUUACUCGUGAGAAUGGACAACGUUUGAAUAUAAUUGUUAUUGCUGAGGGCGCUAUUGAUAAAGAAGGAAAUCCAAUAACAUCAGAAUACAUUAAAGAUCUGAUUACAAAACGUUUACAUUAUGAUACACGUAUAACAAUAUUGGGUCAUGUUCAACGUGGAGGUACACCAUCUGGUUUCGAUCGUAUAUUGGGAACACGAAUGGGUACAGAAGCCGUAUUAGCUCUCAUGGAAGCAACACCAACAUCACAACCAGUAGUUAUUGCAUUAAGUGGAAAUCAAACAGUUCGUGUACCAUUGAUGCUUUGUACUUUAGCCGUUGCUCAAGCAAUGAAAGAAAAGAACUUUAUUCUUGCUCAAGAAUUACGAGGAAGAAGUUUUAAACGAAAUUUAGAAACAUAUAUUUAUCUAAGUAAAUUACGACCAAAAUUAUUUUCAAGUAAAGAAGUAUCACAGCAUUCAUUCAAUAUCGCUGUAUUGAAUAUUGGAGCACCUGCAUGUGGAGUAAAUGCUGCUGUUCGAUCAAUUGUAAGAUACGGUUUAUGUGAAGGACAUAAAGUUCAUGUUGUGUUUGACGGAUUUGAAGGCCUUUUAAGUAAUCAAGUUAAAAAUUUUGGUUGGAUGUCCGUGAAUGGCUGGAGUUCAAUUGGAGGCUCAUUGUUAGGCUGUCAAAAAACAAAUGCAACAAAAGCUGGCUUAGGAAAGUUGGCUGCCAAAUUUCGUGAAUAUAACUUUAACGCUUUAUUAAUGAUUGGUGGCUUUGAAGCUUAUCAAUCAAUAUUACAAAUGUAUGAAGCAAGAAAUAAAUAUCCAGAAUUUCAAAUACCAAUGAUCUGUAUACCUUGUACAAUUAGUAAUAACGUACCAGGAACAGAGUUCAGUAUUGGAGCCGAUACAUCAUUGAAUGAAACAGUCAAAAUUUGCGAUAAAAUUAAACAAUCUGCUCAAGGUUCAAAACGUCGUAUAUUUGUUAUUGAAACAAUGGGCGGCUACUGUGGUUAUCUAGCUACAUUGGCAGGUUUAGCUAGUGGUGCUGAUCAAGCUUAUAUUUAUGAAGAACCAUUUACGAUUAAAGAUUUAAUUGAUGAUGUUGAUCAUAUGCGUAAAAAAAUGGAAGGACAUUUAAAACGUGGCUUAUUAUUAAGAAAUGAAAUGGCCAAUGAACAUUAUACAACCGAUUUUAUAACAAAUUUAUUACAAGAAGAAGGUAAAGGUGUAUUUAGUGCAAGAAGUAAUGUUUUAGGACAUAUGCAACAAGGUGGUUUACCAACACCAUUUGAUCGUGCAUUUGCCACAAAAUUAGGAUGUAAAGCUGUUACAUAUGCUGUCUCGUUAAUGGAAAAGGGACCAAUCACUGAUGGUAAAGUGGUGUGUAAUACACCAGAGAGUGCUGUUGUACUUGGUUUAAUAAAACGACAAAAUGUUUUUACACCAGUUGAAGCACUUAAAGCAAAAACUGAUUUUGAACACCGAAUGCCAGUGGAACAAUGGUGGUUGAAAUUACGCCCAUUACUUCGUAUAUUAGCCAAACAUGAAAGUGUUUAUAUUUCUGAUUUUGUUGAAUCAGAUAUGGAAGAUAUACACGAUUAA